CAGCUCAGCUCCCCAACCUUUGAUGGAAUUCUCCCUGUGCACCCAAGCUGAAAGUCAAGAAAGAGUUCAGCAUUUUCCCUUCCUCUGCGUUCGCUGGCCAUCUCGAUUGCCGUUCGCCGACUACUUAUUAUCAGACAUGCUGGCGUGAUCCCACAACUCUCAAUAAAUCCUCUCUCCCCCCGAUUUUACGUCUUGCCUGCACGGUCGUCGGCACUUUACCCGGAAAAUGGGAGGGCUUAUGUUGCUGCUCUUGAUGAGCGUAGGCGGUAAUGGCCUUGGCGUCUUUCUUCGCCGGCUCAUUACCCCUCGCCAUAACCCUCACGCAGUCGCAACUCCGUUUGCUAUCCAGUGUGGGCGUUGGCAUCUUGGUCGGCACGUCGAUGAUCGUCAUCAUCCCCGAAGGCAUUGAAGCUGUCACGACAACCGGCGGGCACUCGCAUAGCAAGAGGAACGUGUUGGCUCCGGCAGGCAAGCAAGGGACGCUUGGUGUGAGGUGGGUGGCAGGCGACGAUGUCCCCCAACUAGCAGCCGCCGCGAGGUCUAUGGGAUUGGCGGAGGAGCUCCAUAACCUCGGCCGCGAUAUCGAGCACACUGCAAAGCUGCCCAGCAGAGAGGAGCACGACACCCAUGGUCAUGAUCAACAGCAGCAGCCUCCGUCGGGCCCUGAGCCCCACCACAACGAAGAGGGACACAAAGAGGUGCCGACAUUCUACAUCGGUCUCUCCAUGGUCCUCGGCUUCGUCCUCAUGUUCCUGAUCGACAGGCUGCCGCGGCACGCGACGGAUCGAAUGCAGUCUGAGCCGCAGAUGCGCCACGUUAGCCUGGACAAUCUGGGGGGGUCAUCCACUAUCGGCGACGAGGAGACGGAAGGCUUCCUCGGCCCCCUGACACCUCCACCGAAGCAGUCACGGAGCCUUGCGACAACCAUUGGUUUGGUUAUCCACGCAGCGGCGGACGGCAUCGCCAUGGGAGCAUCAACUUCAACAUCCAACACAAAACUGGGCCUCAUCAUCUUUGUUGCCAUCAUGGUGCACAAGGCACCGGCAGCGUUCGGUCUAACGUCGGUUCUCCUCAAGCAAGGCCUAUCCAAGCGGACGGCACGAGGGCACCUGAUCGUCUUCAGCCUUGCUGCCCCUUUUGGGGCUCUGAGUACAUGGGCGGUCAUCAGAAUCUUGGGUGGCGGCAACUUCGAAGGAGACUCUGGCCAGUGGUGGACCGGCAUGCUUCUGCUCUUCUCCGCGGGAACGUUUCUUUUUGUUGCGAUGCACGCGAUGCAGGAAGACGGCAGCUCUGCGAAGCAUGAACACAGCGGCACCAACGGCUAUGCGGAUGGAGGCGGCGUCCAAAAAGCACAGCAGCGGCCGCAGAUGCGCGAUACCUUUGCGACAGUCGCCGGCAUGCUCUUGCCCCUUCUCACGCAGUUUGGGCACCAUCAUUGAACGAUUCUCGGGCCAAAGUGCGGUUGAAAGAUCAAACCCGGAGGCUCCGACGAAAGUGUUUGGGUCCCUUGUACAAGUAUAUGGAGACUAGGACGAAGCCAGGCUCUCCUGGCAUAUGACGAUGAUGAUUGUAUAGACUUCCACCAUUUAGGUUCUCUCACUGGAUUCCAA